GGUUUGUUGCAGUGACGUCAGGGUGGGGGGUCUUGAAGGUUUCCAACUUCCCGUGCGCUGUGCGCGCCUCCUCCUCGCCCUCUCGGCCACCAUGCCGCGUCUGGCCCAACUCCUCGUCUCGCUCCUCACCGCCGUCUGCGCCGCAUCCUCCGCCUUCAUCGUUCCUCCCAAGAAGAUCGCUGUCAUCGGCGCUGGCAUCGGGGGCUGUUCGUCUGCCUUCUUUCUGCGGAAGAAAUUCGGCCCGGAAGUGGUCAUUGAUGUUUUUGAAGCAAAGCAGGUGGGCGGGCGGAUUGCCACCAUCACGGUGAACGGGAAGGUUUACGAGACGGGCGCCUCUAUCAUACAUCCCCUCAACUUGCACAUGCAGAGCUUCGUCAAGGACCUGGGUUUGAAGCAAAGGAAUGAUGUUCCAGGAGAAAAGUUGGGAAUUUUUAACGGAGAGCAAUUUGUGUUCGAAGAAAGUAGUUGGACAGUCAUGGAUGCCGUCCACCUUCUGUGGCGUUAUGGAUUGAGUUAUCUCCGAAUGCAGAUGUGGGUAGAGGAGAUCUUGGAUAAGUUUCUCAGGAUCUACAAGUACCAAUCACACGGAUUUGCAUUCUCGACAAACGAAGAUCUGCUGCUCGCUUUGGGCGGAGAGGCGUUCAUCGAGUUGACAAAGCACUCGCUGGAAGAGGUCCUCGGGGAACGCGGCGUCUCCCAGCGCUUUCUUCAAGAGCUCGUUGGAGCUGCCAUCAGGACCAACUACGGCCAGUCGCCCAACAUCGCCGCCUUUGUUGGAGCAGUGUGCCUGGCUGGUGCUCAGCCUGGCCUCUGGGCUGUAGAAGGUGGCAACAAUCUGGUGUGCACGGGGCUGUUGUAUGCUGCAAAAGCACAGCUGCAACAUGCCAGGGUCACCUCUAUUUCCUUUAAGAAACGCCCAGUUAGAAAAGGUGGAGAAGUGAGCCUGUAUGAAGUUGGAUACGAGAGUGACUUGGGCAAUGGACAUGACCUUUAUGAUCUUGUUGUGGUGGCUACUCCACUUCAUGAACAACUGUCAAAUAUCACAUUUGAAGGUUUUACCCCACCUAUCACUACCUUCCCAGGUUCCUAUCACCACACAGUGGCUACCAUUGUGCAUGGCUAUGUCAAUACCUCAUAUUUUGGCUUCAAAGAUCCAACAUCAUUCUCAAUAAGCGAAAUAUUGACCACCGAAGACUCUGACCUUUUCUUUAACAGCUUAAGUAACCUCUCUCCUGUCAACGCAAGUGCGGACUAUCGGCGCAAGCCCUUACACGAGUCUGCCGUAUGGAAGGUUUUCUCAAAAAAACCUCUCGAUCGGCAGCAGCUCAAAAUGCUGUUCCGCACAUAUUACUCGGUUCAGGAGGUCGACUGGCUUGCUUACCCACAAUAUAAUUCAUUGCCUUCUUCAGGCAAGCUGCCUCCUAUUGUUCUGCAUAAUUCACUCUACUAUCUCAAUGGGCUGGAGUGGGCGGCAAGCGCAAUGGAGAUGGCAAGCAUUGCUGGCCAGAAUGUGGCCCUGCUUGCCCACAGCCGCUGGAAUGGCCAUGAUGAGCGUGUUGAUCAAAUGGACCUGAUGCACCGUAUUAAAACGGAGCUCUGAUCCCCCAAGGCAAGGCUUAAUAUGACCUGAAUAAUACGCGUAACCCUGCGAGCUGGACUUGUUAAUAACCUGAGGAUUGUGUUCUAGAUUGAGGGAUUUGUUUUUUUUAUGUAUUCUGCUUUGCGAAUGAGCUUUUAUUCAAGUUUAUUUAAUUCAAGCUAAUGUUAAACCACUGAAAACUGUUCAAUAGUCGAGGCCAACAUAUAGAAAAUUUAUUGAAAUGCAUUUUUUUCUACUUAGGAUUCAGCAAUGAUUAAAAUAGCAUUUUGAAAAUUAUUAUGCAAUAGGACAGUUGAAUUUAUGUAUAGUUGGAAAUUGAGUUUAAAGUGUUACAGACGGUUUAAAUGUCAUGCGUAAAUGCUUUUAUCAUUGGCAUGGGAUUGUGAACAAAAAUAUUGCUUGGUAAAUGAAAUCAACUUUCGUAUAAUGGUACUGCAAUUAUUAAUACAUGGUGAUGUUUUGGGAUUUAUCAGGCAAGAUUUUCAUAGAGCUGUUAAGGUAUACCUCAAUAUUUUACCUAUAAACAUGAGUUGCACCUUUUAUACAAAAUAAGCCAUAUAAUUAUUAAACGUUUGGUUUAGAAUUUAGACUUUGUUCAUCUUUUCAACUGGAAUUAUUUAGUUUAUGUAUAUAAAAAAGUGCCAUCUACUGAAAUGGGAAGGGUAGAAUAGCUGCUUUUUGUUGUAAUUGUGUCGUGUAUAAUUUAGGUUAUUAGUUUGUUUUACAUGACCAUUGUCACAGUAUAUUUCAAUUCCCAAAGCCACCAAUGUCAAAAAAAUGUUUAUACACGUUUUUAAUUGCCUCUACUGGUCUAUUUUUUAAAAAAUGGUCAGGGUUGCAACCAAGUAGCUGCUUGUGUUUCACAGAAGUCAAUUGCAUAAAGAGGAGUCAUCCUUGCUAUCUAAAUUGUUAUUGAAUACAAAUUUACAUGAACCAUAUACAUCCAAUAGUAAAUUAAACAUUGACAAAUGCAAAUGACAAUAUCAACAUUUUAAUGCAGGGCAUAUAACCGGAAAUUAUAUUCUUACUACAGAACCCUAAAUCAAAUAAGUAUAUAAUUAUACAUGUAUAAUGUACAUCAACAGCAUAAAGCUUGUUUACUAACUUGAAUCAAUUAAUCCAAGUGCUUUUGCUGCUGACAACUUCGUUAGUUGAAUGAAGAAAAACAUUUUUUUCAACUCCUGAAGAUGCCCGCAGCACUAAAUAAGCCACUGCAAAAACAUACAUGUUAAAUAGAAUCAGUUAAGUGUAUAACUGCAAAGGUUACACGUACAUGUAACACAAAUAUGGUUGAAAUAUACACUUGUAACAGUGUAUGUGCAUUAAUUUAUGAUCAGUGUAAACCGUGAAUACCGAGUGGCAGUGACACUUUAAGAUUUAAAUAAAACUAUUGUAUGGAAUUUAGGUUAUUGCUUUUGAAAUAAGAUUUAAGUUAUAGAAUGUAUAGGUGUACCCCGAUAUACUUUGAUUUACGAUUCGUUGAGUUUAAUAAAUUUACACUUUUUUU